ACUUAUGAAAGUAUUUUCUAUAGACUAGUGUUGUUUAUUUUAUACUCACCUACAUUUAUUUAAUAUAAUAAAAUAAUAUAUAUAAAAUAGGAAACUCUGUCCUGUCUAUUAACGGCUUUUGGACUUAGUAAACAUUUUCAUUGGUCUCUUUUGUUAUACCAACUAUUGAUCAAAUAUUUUUAGAACGCGAAAGCAAUGUUAAUUUGAUCGGUAUGAACGUACAUAGUACUACUCGAAAUUGUUUUAAAGCUGAAAUGAUCGCUAAUCUAAAAUCUGGAAAGGCCGAGUCUUCUAUUAAAAAACGUGACAGCCAAUGGGAAAAUGAGGUUGUGCAGGUGAACAAAGAAUUUAUAUCUAAUCUCUGAGGUUCUCAUAAAAUUCAUCAUUCUGUCGAAGCCGACUUUAAAUUUGUAGCAAGUAUCAAGACACCUGUGACAAAUAAUAGGAUGUAUUUUUGACCAAAUAAAUAACAAUGGUAACCUCAGAACCUCAUUUCCCGAUAUGAUUGCUCUAUCUUAUGGAGAUCGAUUUAUACCCCGUCGAUAUUAUUGCCAACACCUAAACAAAAAUCUUAAGUUUGCAACCAAGAAUAUGGAAAAAGAUGUUCUAAAAGUACGUUUUUCAGCUAAUUACUGGAGACAAAAUAGUCUGAAGAUUGCAAUCAAUAAGUCAUUUGAGUUGAGAGAAGAAAGAAUUCUACAGCUUAGUGACCAAGUAGUAAAAGGAUUGGAAAGUCGCUCCAAUAUACUUGGAAGCCUUGAUACACAUAGUGGUGAAUACGAUUGGCGGUGCAUUCCGCGUUCAAAACCUCUAGCAUUUGCUGAAACCACACACGACUCCCCUGGUUUUGAUUCGACGUUCGAUCCAAAUAUGGUGGAUUGGUCGGUGAAUGGACAAAUUGUAGCAUCUUUUGGACAAGACUUGAUAAUUUGGAAACGUACUGAUGAUGUUACUAUGUUGUUCAAUGUAAAAAGUAUAAAGGCUUUGGCAUUUUCACCGGAUGGUAAGACUCUUGCGAUUGGCUGCAAAAUCAACGAAUAUCCAGUUUUAGAAUUGUGGAAAGUUGUUAAUUCAACAAAGUCUUUGGUCAUAAAUGGAAAAGUAUUCUCUGCAGACCACUCAGACUUGCAUUGCUUAAUAUGGAACCACUCUGGAUCACAAAUUAUAGGCGGAACAGGGUUGGGGUGCUUAUAUGUUCUCUCUGUGCCGGAUUUAAAAGUAGUAAGAAAGGUUCGGCGUCACAAGUUGCCGAUUAACAGAAUAAUGCUGUCACCGAAUAUGAGAUACAUUGCCAGCGGGGAUACAAGUGGAGAUAUCGUCGUAUAUAAUUGGUGUUCCUGUGAUGUAUAUCUAGUAGUUUGUUCAAAACGCAAACUGCACACUCAUUUUGAUUGGCACCCUUGGAAUGGAGAUGAUUUGGUUAUAGCCGAAACGGCUCCGGCAUCAAUUGUAGUUCUACACGUCCCAAGCAAAGAAAUAGUGGCAU